CCUCUUUCAUGGACAACAGGAACAAAUGUGCAGCCUGCUACAGGCAGUUCAACAAGAUGGAGCAUCUUGUUGAACACAUGAGGAUUUCAUUCCACUCGAAUCACGAACCGAUAUGCGCAAUCUGCCACAAGCAUUGCCGCUCCUUCGAAUCUCUCCGAGAGCAUCUCAUAGGACCUCUGCCUAAAGCGGAAUGCGAGAGGAUAUUCAAGGACCGGGGAUGCGAUGUUUGUCUUAAUAUUUUCAGCAGCCGGCAUGCUCUUCAUCACCACAGAGACAAAUGUCACUUCUCCCGCGGAAGCAAUGGUAUCCUGUACAGAAUGGCAAACUUGGGAAUUCAAGACGAGUUGAGGAUGGACAACGCCAGAGGCAAAGUGGUGUCCAUGGCUUGCAAAAUGGUGGGAGGAGGGAGCGAUGGCUCCUUGGACCUUUGCGCCCGUGUCUGCCUUAUUGAUGAACAUCAAAACCUUAUAUUUCACACCUAUGUCAAGCCUAACCUUCCUGUCACUAAUUACAGGUACGAGACGACAGGCAUAAGGCCAGAGUAUUUGAGGGAUGCGACCCCAGUGAGGCAAGUUGGGAGGAAGAUUCAGGACUACUUAUGCAAUGGGGAGCCAAUAUGGCAAAUAAGGUCUAGAAGUGGAAAAGCUCGGAUUCUUGUAGGCCAUGGCCUUGAGCACGAUUUGAAAUGCUUGGAGGUUGAAUAUCCUGAAUUGCUCAUCAGGGAUACUGCAAGAUAUCCGCCAUUGAUGAAGACGAGCAAGUUGAGCAACUCGUUGAAGUAUUUGGCAAGAGCAUAUCUUGGAUAUGAGAUUCAGAAUGGGGUGCAAGAUCCGUACGAGGACUGUGUUGCGACGAUGAGGCUGUACAAAAGAAUGAGAUCACAAGAUCAUAGGGUGGAGAGUUAUCCAUUGGCUUCUGAUCAACAGAACCGGAAUAACUUUGCAUCGUGGAGGCAAACCGAGCUAGAGAGAAUGACCCCGGAAAGGAUGUUGGAGAUGUCUAGAUCAGAUUACUAUUGUUGGUGCUUGGACUCCAAAUGAAGUCCACAUUCAUUUGGUGCACAGCAAGAAAUGUUCAACCAUGUGCUAUGAUCUCUAUUUAUUUCCCUUUUUAUGUAGUGGAUUUAUGUGUAGUAUCAGAAGAAGCAAAAAUGCCAUUGCUAUGAGCACUUAGAUUGUUUCUAUUUCAGUGAUAAAAAAAAUUUCCUGGAAAUUUGAGAGUUUGUAGUGUUUUGAGGCAUAUAUUUUGUUAUAAUGUGGUUGGUUUGAGCA